AUGAGACGGACCGGAUCAGGUCUUUGUGUUACGAGCCGAACCGGAUCGGAUCUCUGUGCUACGAGCCGGACCAGAUUGCGUCUUUGUGCUUCGAGCCGCUGUGAGCCGGAACGGAUCGGGCCUCUGUGCUACGAGCAGGACCGGAUCGGUUCUCUGUGCUGCCAGCUGGACCGGAUUGAGUCUCUGUGUUGUGAUCCGGACUGGAUCGGACCUCUGUGCUGCGAGCCGGACCAGAACGGGUCUCUGUGCUACGAGCGGGACUGCUGUGAGCCGGAACGGAUCGGGCCUCUGUGCUACGAGCAGGACCGGAUCGGUUCUCUGUGCUGCCAGCUGGACCGGAUUGAGUCUCUGUGUUGUGAUCCGGACUGGAUCGGACCUCUGUGCUGCGAGCCGGACCAGAACGGGUCUCUGUGCUACGAGCGGGACUGGUUCGGUUCUCUGUGCUGCAAGCUGGACCGGAUCGAGUCUCUGUCUUUUGAGCCGGACUGGAUUGGGACUCUGUGCUAUCGGGUCUCUGUCUACGAGCCGCACUGGAUCAGGUCUCUGUGCCAGGAGCCAGUCCGGAUCGGAUCUCUGCGAUAUGAGACGGACCUGAUCGGGCACCUCAGCUGUGAGCCGGACCGGAUCGGGCCUCUGUGCUAUGAGCGGGACCGGAUCGAUUCUCUGUGUUGUGAUCCGGACUGGAUUGGGACUCUGUGCUCCAAAUGA